AUGGAAGCACAUAGUUUUUUAAGCAAAAAAGGAUUUAAAGUGCAAUCAUUUGGAACAGGGUCACAAGUUAAACUCCCUGGCCCUUCACCUGAGCGUCCUAACAUCUAUGAUUUCAACACAACAUAUGAUGAAAUGUACAAGGAUUUACUUCGGAAAGACAGUGAACUUUACACACAGAAUGGGAUCUUACACAUGUUAGACCGAAAUCGAAGGAUAAAACCAAGGCCAGAGAGAUUUCAAAACACUAGGGAACAGUUUGAUGUCAUAGUCUCCUGUGAGGAGAGAGUAUACGACCAAAUUAUAGAAGAUUUAGAAAGCCGUGAAAAAGGAGACAGUUACCCAACACACAUCAUUAACAUUGAUAUACAGGAUAACCAUGAAGAGGCAACAAUUGGAGCCUUUAUGAUCUGUGAUCUAGUCACAAUGCUUCAUCAUAGUGAAGACAUUGACAAUGAUGUUGAUGAGAUUGUACAAGUUUUUGAAAGUCGAGUGAAACGCCCCAUCCUCCAUACAAUAGCCUUUUGCUGA